AUGACUCAAGUCAGGUCCAGUGGUGUGGACGGGGCCACUAAAUAUACUGCUAGUAGGACGCCUUUUGUGGCUACUGGGCAAGAACAUGGCAACUGUUCAGCAACAAGACCAUACCCAAGACGUCAGACCAUGAAUACGCAGGAUCCUCUAGCAUCUCAGCUCCCAGAAAGGCCUCCUUCGAGAGAGUCCAUAACGUCCCAAGAUGCCGACAUCAGUGGGUAUUCAGCUGCGCCUUUCGGGUCGCAGGAGGGACUGGCAACUCAAUUUCAACAGUCCAAUUCCCGGCAAAAUAUGCCUUCUGCAGCCCACACGGAAUCUACUGUCUCGAAUAAUGCUCACAAUAGGAGGUUACUCUUAGGGUUCCUUGACAAAAGCAAUCGACAGAAACAUUUACCAGAGCAACAAUCACAACGCUCAGUGAUUGAUUCCUCUUCUAGAUGCACAAAAAAAGCACCCACUCCAGAUUUCGGCAUAUCUACUUCGUCGAAUAAUGUGUGGGAUGAGAGACCACUUUCUGAGGGCAUUAUCAAUGACAGCCGACAGAAACCUUCACCGGAGCAACAAUCGCAAUUCCCUAAUUCAUCCCCUGACUCCACAACUAGCUCAGAUUUGGGCACAAAUGACGAGCGCGAUGACCAAGAGGUUCACUUUAUGACGACAAGUCAAUCAAGAAAAGCCAAAAAACUUUCCCAAGGUCAGAGAAAGAGGUCAAUUAGCGAGGCACGCUCCUCUCAAAGGCACAAAACAUCCCCUGAAAAGGGUUCUAAGAAAACAGAAAUGGAUCCACAGGACGAAGUCGCCAGCUUUCAAGUUCAAUUUUCAUCGUCUUCAGAGAACCCUGCCCCCAUAACAGAGAACAGCGACAAUCACGUCAAUCCCUCGGAUGAACUUUCAGAUGCGAACCGUACGCAGUUCACCGAACCAGCUCAAAAAGAGAAAUGUUCCCGCCAUGAUCCAUGGUCUUAUAUGACAAGGCUACGUCGAAGGGAUGUCGUUAUUCCACGAGAGCAGGAAGAACUUCUUGAUCGUAAUGAUUGCUGGAUCCCUCCAGAUGUAGGUCAUCCUUAUCCACAAGGACAUGUGCCACCGACUCUGCUCCGGGAAUGGAAUGCAAAAAUGACCCGACUGUUCGCCGAUGCCAGGAGAGUACAUGCUUCUAGUCAGAAAGCUGGGCCAUGGCGAGAGCAAGAAGAUGACCCUCCACGUUCAUCGAAACCUCUAUCAGAAGAGAGUGAUUCGGAUUCGGAAGCGGAAUCUGAAGCUUCCUGGCCUCCUAGCCCUCCUCGAGAUCAACCAAAAUCUAUAGCGCCCCCAGAUAGUCCGACUCGACAGAAUAAUGACCGAAGACCAGCGGGUAUUACAGAAAACCAUGUCAAUGGGAUGGCAGAUCCUGUCAAUAAAGCAAAUCUUGACAGUCAAGCUGGGAUCGCUCAACCAGCGUCUCAAGUUGAUCAAAAUAUUGAUUCUACCCAGGGUGCAAACGUCUCUACUGACGAUAAUAAAGGUCACAUCUCAAAAUUGUCCACUCACUCUGGUGUCGAUAUUCCUUUUGGAGAUCCUGGAUCUCAGGGCGAAGCUACUGAGCUUAGUGAUGACUCUGACAUGGAGAUGGCUGUUCCCCAGGCUCUACUUGUUCAAUCUCAGGAUAUUGCCAGCCAAAUAGAGUUCUCGGGACCUAUGGCCCCUGGUUCGUCCAGCACGAGUUCUGCUCUUCUUGCUCAGGUCCAAAUCCUUAACACGCCGGCCGCUGCUUUGAAGCUUGCGGCCGCUAAAAGAGCAGAGAAUGCACUUACUCAUUCGCAAGAGUGGAUCGCUCAGCAAAGCUCCUCUGGCAGCAAUAAAUCAUCCUCACAAUUGAUUGCCAACUCUCUACAGAGCACGGAAGGUUCGUCAGGUCAAGAACACCAACUGCAAGAUGCUCAAAGACCCAUUGUAGUAGAUUCACAGAACACAAAUGGUGAUCUACAAGGCUCAAGUCUUUUGUCUCACCAGGACAGCCAACGUUUAAUGGAGGUCAUUCCAGAUAGCUCGCUUCUGUCACCUGCCCGGCAUGCACAAGUAUCCCCGCAGGAUCAUGAGUCACCCAAAGAACGGGUCGAGAACGAUCUCAAUCCGUCACCAGCAAUGGUCAACGGGAAGAAACUUAAACGAAGAUUAGCAGAGCUCGAUGACCAGGAGACUGAGGAAAGCCCUUCCAAACGGCCUAGAAAGCUCCUCGAUAGGACCAUCGGUACUACCAGAACACAAAUGAUGGUUGAUGUUGACCCCGACAUUAGUAAUGGAAGUAAUCAUGAGCAUGUAUCUUUGAACAAGGAUGCUCUAAAGGUCUACGACAUGUUCAAAAGGUCAUAUCCCAAAUAUGCGGGCAACUUUGACCAUUUCCAGACCCUGUGCCAUGAAUUACAGUCAUUAUACCGUUGUGGGGUAUUGGAAGACUCUUCUCUGUGGGACGACUUCAUUAUGAGAUAUUGGGCCGACUACGGAACGUAUGUGCAAAAAUGCAUCUCCUCUAGCGAGGAAUUUGAAAGCUACGAGGAGUUUUUCUGCAAACAUUUCACCAAGCCAUCCUUUCGAAAACGCAACCUUACCCCUCGCACACUCGAAAUGGUCGUCUCCAGACUCGAAUCUCCUAUUCAAAAACCAUCAACAGUUGAAAGAGGGUUCCAAACUAUCGACGACAAUUCAGUGAGUGUCUCCGUCACCCGUCGUUCACCGUUGGAAGUAGUCCAGAGAUCCAAAUCUACGUCGAAAGAGUCAAACACGCAAUCGACCCCAUCUGAUGUUUCAGUAGUAGUAGUCGACAGGCCGCACCAAGCAAAUAUUGGUGUCAAGUUGAGCGCACUUAGCGCAUCUCCAAAAAAGCGGCCAGUCAUCGUUGGCGGCGGCAUACAAGUCAACCUCGAGCCACCUACUCCUGAUCACCGGCUUGAUAGAAACCCAGAACAUAUUCAAGAUGAGAACAGAGCAAUAGAAGAAACGCCACCCUCAGACUUCGUCACCGAUGAGAAUAUACUUGAAUUCGAAAGAGAAAAUACUCCUGAAGAUCUCGCCGCCGACUAUCACGACACAGCUAGUAUCGAACUCGGCCUCGAAACGAUGGAAGAAAUUCUCAUUUCUCGACAUGACGAAGACGGAAACGACCCAAACGCCGUCGAAGCAAGAUUCGAACAAAUAUCAAGAAUGCGCCGAGACGACGCUGAAGCCAUUCAGGCACUUUUCACAGCAGAAGUCCCGCCAGCCCCCGAAGAAGAGGAUGCGAGCACUCCAUUCAAGAUUUGGGCGCGUGACGAUCACAACAUCGUAUCUGAGCGCCGUCGACGAGGGGGCCAUGAAGUUCCUCUUGAUAAGAAUGGGAAGAUUAUGAUUGAGGAGUUUCCGCGGAUAACUGAUGAGGGAAGUGAGAAAGAGGCACUAUCACAUCGUGGGAGGUGGAUUUGGCCUCGUCGUUCUGGGAAUAUUUUUUGA